AUGGUUCAUCUUGGGCAUUCCGCACUGCACUGGAAGCUUCGCGCCGAGAGCAAGACCUCUACGCAAAAGAGCUGCGACGGCAAGAGCGGUGACUACAAGAGCUGCGGCGACAAGAACUGGGACGACACGUCUUGUACUGGAACCACCACGCCUCCGUGGAUGUCGCCGGGCUUCACGGAUUACGGCUACUCCAGGAGCAAUACGAACCCGCCAUCGCCAUCGCCAUCGCCAUCACCGCCUCACUCGCCGUCUUCAGCGGCGACAGUGCUUUUACCUUCGCGUCGGCCUCUGGAGGUGGCCAGUCCGACGACUUCAGCGCCUGUGAUGCAGGAGACAACUCCACGGCCGUCACCGCUGGUGGGUACUCGCACGAAAGCCCUGCAGAGCUGUCGAUCUCGCCGCGAGGGUGCGGCUCCUUAUUCUCGACCCCGUCUCUUUCACGACCAGAAAGGACACUCGGUCACUAACCCGAGUGGUUGCAUUCGGGCUGCGAACGUGGAGCCUACAGGUCCAAGGCUACGAUCGGGUCGAACCGCGGACAUGCUCGUUCCUGUGCUCUGGCCCCAGGAAGUUGCUUACUUGCGAGAGCAGUACAACCCAAUGGCGGAGGUGGUUCCUGCGGUUCUUCAUUUUGGCUCGUGCAACUGCCAUGACGCGUGCCGUUUCGACACCUGCCGCAAUGCCCUCAUGAACGUGUACUGCAACAUGAACUGUUGCCCGUACGAGGGCAUGUGCGGCAAUGGCCUUCAGAAGUCUAACAAGGAGGAGACGUGCGCAGCGGCUACUGGUGGUGGCGGGCUCGAGAGUUUUGGCUUCGUGUCGCAGGAGAUGAACUAUCGCUUCCAGUGGUUGCAAUGGAUCGUCGAGCGCAAUCUGCCCAUCACUGAGGUAGACAACGAGCUCACACUCUCGAUGAGCAAAUGGCCGCCCGUUUUUUCCAAGACCUUGAAGAAAUGCAUGCACACAGUGGCAAAGGACGUGGGGGCAGCCAUCGAACACGAGAUAGGCACCUCCUUUGCUCUGAUGUUCGAUUGCUGGUCUCACGGAUCAGUACAAUACGUCGGACUAUACGAUGUAUACGAGAUGAUGGGGACCCGGCGUGAGCGACUACUAUCCUGUCUCUUCUGGACGGCAGCCAAACAGCUGAAGAUGAUGAAGGCCGUGCUUCGCAUCUACAACAAGACUACCGACAUGGUAACUUUUAUUGUGGGUGACAACUGCAACACCAACCAGAAGAUCGCCACACUUCUCGGCGUUCCUCUGGUUGGCUGCGCCAGCCACAGGUUCAACCUGGUUAUCAACCCCUUCCACGCUGAGUACGAAGCCGAGCUUGCCACCAUCAACGACUUGAUGAUCCAGUUACGUCACUGCAACAAUGCAGCUAGACUUGGAGAGCUCACGGACUUGCAACCUGUCAAAAGGAAUGCAACCCGCUGGUCAUCGACUUACGCAAUGGUCGACCGUUAUGUUCGCAUUCGUGAUGCUAUUCGACAGGUUGAGGCUGCGGAGGAUUAUGUACCAAGUGGUGUUUCCCACAAAAAAAUGGUCACUCUGCUUGCCGAACUUGAAAAACACGACACUGUGUGCACAGCCCUUCAGCAUGAGCGCACCACGCUUGCUGAUGUGCGACUUUUGUUCGCCAAGGUGAUUGCAUACUACCCGAUAAUGGCGGAUCACCUUCGUGCUUCGGCUAAGAUUGUACAUUCUCCUACCUUCGAGUCUGCUCUCGUGAAGAUCGGCAACGGGGACACGUUGGCGACCACCGAAGCCCGCGCAGUCAAGUCCUUCGAGGUGGCCAACGACGCCGAGGGAGAUGGAGAACGUGGAGGACCGGGUGCCAAGGGGAAGAAGAAGCUACGUUGUGACUCCGCGCACGCCAUUUUGCACGAUGGCAAGAAGCGCCGCGUACCAAGACUCGCUACUCGGCGCUGGCGAGACUGGUGCCACCGACCUCGAACACGGUCGAGUGACUGUUCUCGACGUGCAAGUUGA